AUGGCUGGUACAUCCAAUAUUAUUAAAGAAAAACAGUAUAAUAACAACAACUGUUCUGGGACACCAAGAUCUGAACAUGUUUGGUUAACAACCGAAUCAAAGUACCCAUUCAAUUACAAAGACUACAACUUUGUCGCAUUUAGAGGCGACGAAGAAACCAAUUGCAGAUUGGACGACACAAUCGACGGCCUUUUCUACACAGACAAAUGCGAGUCAGACGUUAACUGGGUCCAAUGGAAAGUUCACGAAGAAAAUGGUCGUUUCUAUUUAAAGAAAAGUCUGAACACAGACAAUUCGUGCAAACAAACACCACAAACAGUCUUUAAAUACAGUUAUGAAUGCAACAAAUGUGGAAGUGAUGGAAGACUUACAAAGUGCUAUGGAAUUGGUAAAGUCAAGCCUUUCUCAGACUUCACGUUGAGAGGACCCGAAGACACUUUGGGAGAACACUCUGAAAGCAGUGGAGAAGAAAGUCACAACCAAGAUGGUGUUGAACUUAUCAAAAUUGUUUUAGUGUUCAUGAUGGUGGUAAUGUUCAUUUAA